AUGCCUGGGCGAGCUAGCAAUGGCCAACUCAAGCCCAAUUUACAGAUGCUUCUUAUUUUCUGCCUAGCUGUCUUCAGUUUUGUGCAAUACAGCGAUGCGCAUGGCAGGCUUAUAGAGCCUCCAAGCAGAGCAUCAGCUUGGCGCUAUGGAUUUCAGACGCCGCCCGAUUACAAUGAUCACGAACUCUAUUGUGGCGGCUUUACGCGGCAGUGGAAGCGCAACGGCGGAAAGUGUGGGGAGUGCGGCGAUGCCUGGGACUUGCCAGAGCCGCGACCACAUGAGAAUGGCGGCCAGUGGGGGCAGGGCGUUAUCGUACGCAGCUAUUUGCCGGGCUCCGAUAUGACAAUACGCGUGGAGCUGACCGCCAGUCAUAUGGGUUACUUUGAGUUUCGAUUGUGUCCAAAGCCGAGUGCGAAGCAGCUUUGCCUUGAUGAAAACGUGCUGCAUAUAUUAAGUGGCUCGCCAUCGCAGCGUAGUCCAAGCGACUUGGACACCCGAUUCUAUCCUCGCAACGGUAGUCGCAUUUAUGAAAUCAAAGCACGAUUACCAGAUCUGUUAUGCAACCAGUGUGUGCUGCAGUGGCGUUAUAUAGCCGGAAAUAAUUGGGGACUAUGUGAGGAUGGCGUUGGCGCUGUUGGCUGUGGUCCCCAGGAGGAGUUUCGGGCAUGCUCGGAUAUUGCCUUAACCCCGGAUGCUCGUCUACCCAAUCGUCCUGUUCGACCCAUUCAUCGUAUUACUACGCCUGCCACACCUGCCAAGCCUGAUCAUGUGGACGUGAAUGACGACCACUUCAAUUCGGUUAUAUUCUUAAUCGGAUUCAUUCUAUUGCUGAUGGUUUCGGCCCUCGUAAUAUGCGGUGUAUACGUGUACCUGAAGCCUGCCAAACUAACCGAAUGGAAGGACGUAUUCUUGAAGAAAUUCUGCCAGAAGCAAAAAGCAUCGUCCUUAGUUAACUUAUCCCAAAGCAAAGUCUUCAAGCCUGCUAUACCCAACGGGUCCAUUGAAAAGGCUGAUGAGAGCCACAGCAUCACUACGCAGGGCUCUGCCCCCAUACCUCCGCCUAGGACCAGACGAGAUACGCGCAUUAAGGAAAUAUCCAUCAUAUCCUAA